GCCGACCAGUAAAAUUUACUCAUUUUUCGCGACGAAAUUUCCUUCUGGAGAAGAAAAAACUGGAUUUUAGGGAACCCUCCAUGUGGACCACCAACCUACCUUCUCGUUUUCUUCUCUCUUAAAAACCCAUUUCGUUGUUUUCAUGCUUCUUACGGUUCACGCCACUAUCUUCCCCAAACAAAAUUGAAACUCUUACAGACUUCAACUUUUAGUUCUCUUUCUCUCUGUUUUGCUCGCUUUUUGAAGAAAGAUAAAGAGGGUUCAGAGGGUCAUCUUCUAACCUCAUAAAGACUCUGCUUUUAAUCUGAUAUACUUUUCCUUUUUCAUUGUUUGCGCUGUUGGGUUUUGUUGGUUUUUUGCUUUUGACGUGAUGAAAAACGACGAUCAAGCUAGGUCCCUAUUUGGGAUUUCCCUCACCGAUAGGCCGAAAUGGCAACAGUUUAUUAUUUGUUCUUCUGGGUUCUUCUUUGGUUACCUCGUUAAUGGCGUUUGCGAGGAAUAUGUAUACAAUAGACUUCAAUUCAGCUAUGGAUGGUACUUCACUUUUGUGCAAGGAUUUGUGUACAUAACGCUCAUAUACAUCCAAGGUUUCACAACCAAGCAAAUGAUGAAUCCAUGGAAGAUAUAUGUGAAGCUCUCUGCUGUUCUAAUGGGUUCUCAAGGAUUAACAAAAGGGUCUUUGGCUUUUCUUAAUUAUCCGGCGCAGAUCAUGUUCAAAUCCACAAAGGUACUACCAGUCAUGGUAAUGGGUGCUUUCAUUCCUGGAUUGAGAAGGAAAUACCCCUUGCAUGAAUACAUCUCUGCAGUGCUUCUAGUGCUUGGUUUAAUACUUUUCACAUUAGCGGAUGCACAUACGUCUCCCAAUUUUAGCAUGUUGGGCGUUAUAAUGAUCUCGGGUGCUCUAAUCAUGGAUGCUUUUCUUGGGAAUUUGCAAGAGGCAAUCUUUACCAUGAAUCCUGAAACCACACAGAUGGAGAUGUUGUUCUGCUCAACUGUGGUUGGGUUGCCUUUCUUGGUUCCACCUAUGAUUGUUACAGGAGAACUGUUUAAGGCCUGGAUUUCUUGUUAUGAGCACCCUUAUGUUUAUGGGGUAUUAAUCUUCGAAGCAAUGGCCACAUAUGUCGGACAAGUUUCCGUGUUAUCCCUCAUUGCUAUUUUUGGUGCUGCCACCACUGCCAUGAUAACAACUGCUAGAAAGGCAGUCACUUUGUUGCUGUCAUACUUGAUUUUUACAAAGCCAUUGACUGAACAGCAUGGGAUAGGACUACUACUCAUAGCCAUGGGCAUUGUACUAAAGAUGGUGCCAGAACCUAAAAUACCCAGUUGGAAUGCUGUCCAAAAUGCUGUUGUUAAACAAUCAAAAUCCACUUUCAACAUCGAAAAGAACCACAUUGGAAGUGAUGAAACUUUGGACAAUGAUGAAAAAAGGAGCUUAAUUUGAAGUUUCCAAGGCUUGAUCAGAUUUACCACUGACCUUUUUUCCAAGAUCAUUAUGUUUGGUUUUUUUUUUUUUUUCUCAGAGAGAGUUUAUACCCUGGCUACAGAAGAAAGAAAAAGACCAUAUGUCAAGGAAGACAGAAGAUGAGAAAAUAGUUAUAGCUAGUUGUUAUACUAAAAGUUUAUGUGGUGAAAAUGGCUCACUAUUUUAAGCAAAAGAAAAUAUUUUUAUAUAGUUGGUUAUGUAAAAGUUAAUGUGGUGAAAAUGGUUCACCAUUUUAAGCAAUUUUUUUUUUUUUUUUUUAAAUUUAGAAAAAGCCAAAAAGGGUGCUUUUUGUAUCUGAGAGGUUUUGUACUACUAGAGAAGAAUUUGCGAUUGGCAUGAUUUUCCAACAAAAAUGAACAAGUGUCAGAAUUAUUACCCGAGGAAGGAAUAAUAGGUCAUUAUUUAGCAGUUACCUCCAUUGAAGCACAGGAAAUGUGGAUAGAAGGAAGCUUGGGCCUUAGAGUUGUUCCUCUUCUUUUUUUCUUUUUUUCUUUUUUUAUUUAUUUAUUUUUGUAAUUGUUUUUUAAUGUAAUGUUUGUUGUAAUAGAAAUUUGGAUUGAUAUAUUUCCUGCUUGCCUCAUCCUUUACAUAAAUGGAU